GGGUACGGGUCACGUGACCCGCGUAACGUUAAGCCUACAACUUCCCACAUCACCGUUUCCUUUCCUCCCCACAUUGCUCUGCUUCACUGGAGCUUCCUCCGCCUGUCUCCUCACCCGCGCCGCCCAAUACCACCGCGGCCGCUUCACGCUCUGAAUCGUCCCGGCAAUGGCUUCCAUGAACCGCCUAUUCAGAUCCCCAUCCUCCUCCUUUCCCCUCAUACGAAGCUGUUUUUCCACCACCUCCGCCGCCGCUGCAUCGGAGACAGUGAAACCGCAUAGUGACCUUCAUGCCCGCCACACGACCUCUCAAGAUCAAAAGGCUAAAGGAAUCCAGUGGGUGUUCUUGGGAUGCCCCGGCGUCGGAAAGGGGACCUACGCUAGCCGUCUUUCUAUUCUCCUCGGAGUUCCGCACAUCGCCACCGGCGAUCUCGUCCGUGAAGAGCUCAAUUCAUCAGGGCCUCUCUCUCAGAAGCUUGCAGAGAUUGUAAACCAAGGGAAGUUGGUUUCAGAUGAGAUAAUACUGAACUUACUGUCAAAGAGGCUAGAGGCUGGAGAAGCUAGAGGUGAAGCAGGAUUUAUACUUGAUGGAUUCCCUCGAACUGUUAGGCAAGCAGAAAUAUUGAAUGAUGUGACAGACAUAGAGUUGGUUGUCAAUCUCAAGCUUCCAGAAAGUGUAUUGAUUGAGAAAUGUCUUGGGAGGAGGAUAUGCGGUGAGUGCGGGAAGAAUUUCAAUGUGGCUUCAAUUGAUGUCAAGGGUGAAAAUGGGAGCCCCGAUAUAAGCAUGGCCCCACUACUCCCCCCUCCACAAUGUGUUUCAAAGCUAACCACUCGAGCUGACGAUACCAUAGCUGUUGUCAAGGAGAGGCUUCUUGUAUAUUAUGAGAAGAGUCAGCCAGUGGAAGAGUUCUAUCGCAGCCAAGGGAAGCUGCUGGAAUUUGAUUUGCCAGGAGGUAUACCAGAAUCUUGGCCAAAAUUGCUGGAAGUUCUCAACCUCGAUGAACAUGAGGAAAAACUCUCCGCUGCAGCUUAGAUUUCAACACAUUGCAUGUCUUGCAUGGUUGCUGUAUGUUUUCCGGAGUAACAUUUUUGCCUGUUAUUUAUUUAAUGAUUGAGUUGAUAAAGAAAAUAAAAUUAAACAUGAAGUUUCCAAGCCAAAGUAGUGUUUUGGCCAAAAUAGUUGAAUUUCUAUAAUUGCUUUUGUUUUUUCCUCGAAAGAGUUAUGGUGUACCUUAGAUAGCAUCAGUUGGUUAAUUUGUACCAUUUUCACUUUGGUAGGUCUAUAAAAAUAUGUACCAGACUUGACUGCAGUUGACUAAGUUUAUUCUUUUUGUCUAUUGCUUUCAAAGUUACAAUAUACUCCGCAUUAAUAGAACCAAAUGCUGUUUGUUUUAAUAUUAACAUUGUAACGGUGAAAACAUUAUAUUCAAGUUGUAUGUUUGGAUUGGCUUGUA